AUGGAGAAAUGGAAUCAUACUUUAAGUGAUUUCGUUUUGUUGGGGUUGUUUCCCCCAAAUCAAACUGGCCUUCUUCUCUUGUUCCUUGUAAUUCUCAUAUUCUUCCUCGCCGCAGUGGGUAAUUUGACUAUGAUUUACCUCAUACAUGUGGAUCGCCAACUCCACGUGCCCAUGUAUUUUCUGCUUAGCCAGCUUUCCUUUGCUGACCUGAUGUACAUCUCCACCACUGUCCCCAAGAUGGCUUUCAACUUCCUCUCUGGUCAGAAAAGUAUCUCUUUCCUGGGAUGUGGAGUACAAAUCUUCUUCUUCUUGACUAUGGCUGCUUCUGAAGACUUACUCCUGGCAUCCAUGGCCUAUGACCGUUAUGUGGCCAUUUGCCACCCCCUUCAUUAUCCCAUCCGCAUGAGUAAAAGGAUGUGUGUGAAGAUGAUCAUAGGAUCUUGGAUAAUAGGGUCCAUCAACUCCUUGGCACAUACAGUCUAUGCCCUCCAUAUUCCUUACUGUAGGUCUAGAGCUAUUGAUCAUUUCUUCUGUGAUGUCCCCGCCAUGCUGUCUCUUGCUUGUUUGGACACAUGGGCCUACGAGUACAUGGUUUUUGUGAGUGUUACCCUCCUUCUCCUUCUUCCCUUCCUGUGCAUCACUGCCUCCUAUGGCCAGGUCCUAUUUGCUGUCUACCAUAUGCACUCAAAAGAGGGGAGAAAAAAAGCCUUCACCACCUGUUCAACACAUUUAACUAUAGUGACCUUAUACUAUGCACCUUUUCUCUACACCUAUCUUCGCCCUAAGAGUUUUCGCUCACCAGAAGAAGAUAAGAUCCUGGCAGUCUUCUACACCAUCCUCACUCCCAUGCUCAAUCCCAUUAUCUAUAGCCUUAGGAAUAAGGAAGUCCUGGGGGCCAUGACAAGAGUAUUUGAGAAAUUCUGUUCCAUGAAAGAAUGA